UGCAAGAUUUUUUCUAGAGGGCGCUAUUCUGUUUGCCGUAAAGUUGAGGAUUCCCGGUUUCUCGCGACUCAUGUUCGGCAUUAAGUCAGAGUUUCAUAGUUUUAUUCCAACAUUUUAGUAAUAUGGCUGGUGAAGGGGUAUCUUUCCGGUCGUUUGUCUCCGAGACAGAGUUGGAUGAAAAGCGAAAGCAAAGGCAAGAGGAAUGGGAAAAAGUUCGCACCGCUGAUCAGCCGCUCGAAUGCCCAGAGGAAGAAGUUGACCCUCGUAGUCUUUAUGAGAAACUACAGGAACAAAAAGACAAGAAACAGUCCGACUUUGAAGAGCAGUUCAAGUUCAAGAACAUGGUCCGAGGUAUUGAUGAAGACGAGAGUAAAUUCCUAGAUGAGGUUGCCGAUCGUCAGAUGGAGAUUGAGACAAAGCGAUGGAGAGAGGAGAAAGACAUGUUGGAGGAGAUGAAGGAGUACACAGAGAGGGUAGUACCGGCAGCUGAACCCAACGUGAAACUGACGAACAAAACACAGCCGACAGAAAAGACGACACCUGCUAAGACAAUGGGUGCCUCAUCAACCAGGAGAACACAAGCAUCACUCCUAGCUGGUGCAGUCAAGAGGAAGAGAAGUGAGUCCGACGACAAAAGUGGAGAAAAGAAAGGCAAAAGUGCCGCCUCCACCUCGGAGAGCUCAACAUCACGGAACGGAGCGGACUCCUUACACGGCAUUUCCAAUGAAUCACAGUCAACCGGUAUUAACCACACAACAGUCAACGAAACCGCCGAGCGGACAUUGGUGGACGAUGGCGACAGAGCACAAGUGGUCCGUAUCCUCCCUGGACUCGGUUUCUAUAGCAACAGCAGCGAUUCGGACACCUCGAGCAGUGACUCGGAGGUGGACUUGCUCAACUCGGUCAUCCGCAGGCCGACCAAAAAGAAGGGCAAGGCUUCUUGCCAUUAAAGUGGACAACAGAAUCAUGGGCAAUGGACUCUGUGCAUGGACAGUAGAGGGCGCUUGUGACCACAUUCUAGAGCCCUGGUGGGAGGGAUACACCAUGUACGGUUACUGAUUCAUGCGCAUACAAUGCGAAAUACGCAUGGCUAAUUUUAUUAUAAAUGUGGACAAACCCACAGCGUCUUCACGUGAGCAUCAGACAUUGCUGGCAUUGUGUUUGAGUGUCUCCUAGUGGUCUGCCCAACUUGAGUAUGUGUAUCCCCACUUGGUUUGGACAUGAAAGGCAUGAGCGUUUCUAGAACCAAAGAUGAAGGUGUUCUCAGAUAAGUUGAAUACAUGAGAUUAGGAUGUACCCAACUCCGCUAGUUUGGCCAGAAUGAGUUACAACCUUCAAGUAAUAGUCAGAAUAUACGCUUGAAAGUGUCUUUUCUUAGGCAUUCAACACCAUAAAAAACAAAAAUUUCGUCUCCGAACACUUUGGACUUUAUUUCAACUGUGUACCAAUAAAUUGUGAUUAGAUUUUGAACCUUCUUGCAUUCAACCAGUACUCUUGUCAUUUCAGAUUGAGUGGCAGUUUUAAUAUCUAGAACUUGAUAGACUCUUUGCAUAGUGCGCCCUCAUUGAUGACGGGUUCCAUUAGUCAAAUUCAGUGACAAUGACGGUUCGAACUGUUUACUCGUGACGUGCGUAUCAAAGAGGAACAAAGACCUGCCCUCGGAUAUGACCUCUGAUGCAAGGAGUCUAUUGCCUAGCCAUGCUAAUAACUGCUUAAACUUGUUUAAACUGAGGCAGUGUCUGAAUUACUUGGCUGUGGCUGGGUAUUGCAGUGCAUGCGCCUAUGCAAGCGGCUUAAUCCACUUGCCCCAGACAGUGCUACAUGUAUUGGUAGCCGUAGCCACAUCAUUUUGGAUGCAGCUUUAAUAAUAAUAAUGGUAUUACUUACCUGUACUCUAUAUUUCUGAAUAAAAAAGGAUACUUCACAGAAAAAAAGG